AUGCCUAACUACUAUGAAGGUGAUGAAAAUGCAGACGAAGAUGAUCCGGAACAACGUUUGCAAAUGCUCUCCAUCGUAAAUGAGAUCACCACAAACGCUUACUCUGCAUUGACAGUUACUCAAGAACAACGCUAUGUUCAUGAUGUAUUAGAAGCAAUUGAUAAUACAGAUAGAUUUGCAUUACUAAACGGUAGCAGACAAAUUUGGGACCAAAAUAAUUAUGGCACCAUACACGACGUCAACACAUUUGUGGUAGCUCACGCGCAUCACAACGUCAUGAUUAAAGGAUGGAAAUGUGACACUGAAGGUCGACGAGCUGAAGCAAGGAACUAUUUAAUUUUAGAUGAAGAUACUCUGGAAGUACGAGAUGAUGAAACACAGAUUGAAGUCGUAGCCACUGGAAUUCCAACAAGUCCAAUUAAAACGAGAGUUACAAGAGUCCCACCUGUGACUACAACCAAUGCAGUCUUAUUUCCAACAAAACAAGAUAUUAUCAGACAAUUUACACUAAAUACUCAGCAAAAAUAUGCUUUUAUGAUUGUUACUAGUCACUUAGAUGGCGAAAAUCAUGCUUAUACCGGUAUAUUUCCUUGA